AUGCACCGCCCAGUGCUGAAGAGUCAAGUCGGAGAGCCCGUGCCAGACGGAGACCCCGAAGGAGCAGAGGAAGAAACACAUGAGCCAGCACCUGAGGAGAAGUCCAACCUUCUCUGCGACCCUGUGGCGCCACCAACGGCUGAUUACGCAACCUUCCACGCCUUACUCCGACGGAAGUUCCACCAGAAGGUGCCCCACCUCCCAGUCAAGCACGGUUACGCCGCAGAUGGCACCUUGCGAACCGAGUGCUUUGCCAAGUGCCUCCACAAAGGUUGCCAAUGGAUAUCUUGCACGCCGACGGAAGAGAAGAGGCGCCAACGGCUUUUCAAUCAUCACAGGCCAGCUCGGGCCAUCCGUCGCGACAUAGCGGAAUCGGCAAAAGAGAAAGCUGCCAUCAGCGAAGGGCAGGCCAAAGCAAAACAAAAAGAGCGAUGGGAGAAACUGAACGCCGAGUUGGAGGAGUCUCUGAAGCAGGAUGCGGCCGCCGCGCCAAAAGCAAAGGCAAAGGCAAAGGGAAAGGCAAAAGCCAAGGCAGCUGGGAAAGCAACGCCGAAACCAAAUGCAAAGGCAAGCGGCAAGGCAGGCCCAAAAGCGAUCGCAAAGGCAGGCGCAAAGGGAAUGCACGAGGACCAUGCCGAAGACCCACGUGGAGAGGAGGCGGAGUACGGAGGCGACGGAGACGGGGCUUUGGAUCGCGAGCUGAUGGAGGUAUCGAAAGUGGUGCGUUGCAGAAUCGCUGCAGACGGGCAGCGGCAAGUGCUCGUGCAAUACACCGACGCCGCCGCACCGGACGAGUGGAUUCCAGAGGACGCGCUGAGCACUGGCUGGAAGAAUUCGCUGACCCCGUGCAUGGGCGCGGUGGUUGCAGCAGGGCUGCAGGAUAUCAUGUCGUUCAAAUGGGUUGGUCAGAAAUUUAUUGCGACCAUCCCAGGCACACCCGAGGUCACCAGGGAGUCUGAAUCCAAAAAGUGGCGCGGGGCUGACAAGGCUCAGGCUGCUGCCAUCAGGUGGUGCUAG